ACAGCCUUAAGUUCCAUCAAACGUCCACAUUCACAUCCACACGCACACACACAACACUCCCUUGGUUCUACUCUUUUGGCCAGCAUGAGUUAUCCACUGGUGAUCCUCCUCUGUGUGGGACUACUGCACCAGACUGCGAGGGCCGUCAUCAUGGAUAAGUUAGCAGACAACAAGAUUUGUGGAGAUGCAGAAUGCUCACAUGUUCUCUCCAUGGCCACAGCCUUGGAUGACUUCAUUGCUCCUGACUGCAGAUUCAUCAACAUCAAGAAGGGUCAGAUGGUUUACGUGUAUUCUAAACUCGUACCAGAGGAGGGCGCUGGAGUCUUCUGGUCUGGAAGUGUUUACAGCGAGCGGUAUGUGGACCAGAUGGGCAUCAUUGGAUACUUCCCUGCAACUGUGCUGAAGGAGACCCACAAGUUUACACAAGACACAGUUAAGAUUCCCACAACUGGCAUGGACUUCUACUGUGAUUAAAGCAUAACAGACUGAAGCCUCUUUCUUCUCAAAUCUUGCUCUUAGUAACUCUGGCUUUUAUAAAGAAGAAUAGACUGUUCUUCUAUUGAGCCGGCGUGCCAGACGAUGUGCCAUUACAUCCUGUGGUGUUGUCUCCAGCUGGAAUGAAAACCUGGGACACAUUCAGCCCCUCAAAGUCCGCAGUCUGACACCCCUACUGUUGACUGAGCUAGUCCUAUCUGCCUUUGCUUUGUCUUUACAGGUCACUUUGCUUAAUAAACC